GGACGAGGUGGUGGCGGACGACAGACGAUUAAUCGCUGUCGACUGCGGCGGGUGCCAAAUCUCUACACCUACACAUAAACUCUUCAACAAUCAUGGACUUCCUUAAAUCAUCCUCUUCGACGGAGGUCGAUCCUCUGCUUCCUCACAAUGAACCUGCGCCGGAGAUCCAAGGCUAUGGCUUUUCGAGAUACAGAGGCUAUGAGGGUAUACAGUCUUCAGAGACCGACGCUGAGGAGAAGGCCCGGAAUGAAUCGAACGAGGAGGACGAUGAUGCCCAGUCCUUUUCCACGACGUCUACAAAGUCGGCUUUGAACGGCCUCGCAUCUCUCUUCACUGCUGUUGUCUUCGUAGCCAUUUUGGUCGCACUCUUAAGUCCAAAGCUGCGAAAUGAGAACCCUCUACCGCUUCCGACGAAGCCUCCCACAAGUCUGAAGGACAGAGUGUCUGCGAUACUUGACGGUACGCCCUUGAUUGACGGUCAUAACGAUCUGGCCAUCUUCAUUCGUGGCGCAUACAAAAACAAGUUACAUAACAAGACAUUCGAAGACAAGUUUACUCAUGGAGGACUGGAAUACAACGUUGACCUCCCUCGUCUGCAGGCAGGCCAGGUAGGAGGAAGUUUCUGGAGCGCUUUUGUCGUUUGUCCAGAGAAUGCCAGUGACGAUUUUUCGGACGAGAGCUAUGCUUCAGCUGUCGCCCACACACUAUCGCAAAUUGACCUGGUCCGUCGAUUGCAAGACCAAUAUCCGAACAACUUUACCUCUGCAACAAGCUCCUUAUCUACAGCACUAAACAAUUUCCAUGCCACCAAAUCCUUGAUAUCGCCCAUCAGUAUUGAGGGCUUGCACCAGAUUCCCCAGUCUGCUCCUCUGUCCACACUUCGUCUGUACUACGCCUUGGGUGUGCGUGCAGCAACUCUUACCUGGAAUUGCCACAAUGCUUUUGCCGACGCAGCUUUGAUAAGCUCGAGUAAGGGAACUGUCGUGGCACCAUAUCAUCGCGGGGGUUUGACACCGGCUGGCAGGCAGGUUGUUCGAGAGAUGAACCGUCUCGGCAUGCUUAUCGAUGUUUCUCACACGUCGUACUGGACUCAAAAGGCAGUACUGAGCAACAAGACGUCCGCAGCGCCUGUCAUCUAUUCCCAUUCCUCAGCUUUCACGCUUUGCCCACAUCCACGAAACGUCCACGAUGAUAUCUUGGACUUGGUCAAGGAGACUGGAAGUUUGGUGAUGAUCAACUUUUCUCCUGCCUUCAUCUCCUGCUUACCUCCGCCCAACUCGAGUGUGCUUCCCGAGUUCUAUGAGAAGAACAACACCUUGCACCAAGUGGCUCGACACAUCGUCUAUGUUGGUGAGAAGAUCGGUUAUGAUUAUGUCGGACUCGGAAGUGAUUUUGACGGCAUGGGUGAGUUGACCCCGGUAGGUUUGGAAGGCGUGGACAAAUACCCCGACCUGAUUGCAGAACUACUGAAGAUGGGUGUCAGUGAUAAGGAUGCAGGCAAGGUGGCCGGCGGUAAUCUUCUCCGUGUGUGGAGGACUGCAGAUGGGAUUGCGAAAGGACUGCAGAAGACGACCCUGGAGGGUGAGGAUGAGGUUAGCGGAUGGUGAUUUCUUCAGGGUUAUGAAUGUACAGGUCAAUAUCAAAGCCAUGCGUGUGUGGUCUCUUUAGUCAUAAUAUAUGUAUGGGAUGCAAGUCUUUCUC